ACGAAGUUAAGCAAACAAGAAUACCAGUUUGUUUUCACCACCACCAUCAAUAUGUUUCUUCCAAUUCAAAACCUCUCUUGGAUCGCAAGCGUCCUGGAUGAGAAUCAAAUCCCCCAUGUACUCGGAUGGGACGCAAGUUCUGUGGUAUUGGGAGUCCCCUACGGGCCGGAUGAAACGCAAUUCAUCAUAGAAGACGAUUAUCUCUCCGCCGCUAUGGAUCUGGCCUCCAACGCCGGCUUCGUGCGAUGCACCGACGGAGCGUGCAGGGUUAAUCAUCAAGAAACCCACUCCACGCAGAUCCCCGACGGGCAUUUCCACACUGAAACAUUCGGAGGGACCGUCAUCUUCAUGUACAAGAAAUCGCUCACCUGCUGGGGGCUGCCCGAUCUGCCCGUGCAGGCGCCCGACGCCAACGACCGCAAUUUCAUGCUUUCCAACGACCCCCGUCUGCCAACCAAUUGGGUUCCGGAAUUCCCCCCGAUCAAGAUCCUCACUUGGGUGGGUCUGAUCGAAACUCUGAUCUUGCUCCAAUGCCGUGAUGUGGAUCAUCUGAAUGACAUGGAAACCUCCUGGUCUAGCCAUUUCUAUUCCCUCCACAUCCGUCGCGGGCCAUCCCCGGUCAACGAAACGGAUCUUCAGCCUCACUUCCGCCCCUUUUGGCGGCUGUAUAUGUCGGAGCUGAGGCCUGAGACUUGGCCUGGGGUUGCUUUGCAGGACGCCCGGCGACGCCUUCGUCUGAGGCUGCUUGCGGACGGGAAUAUGCCCCCGCCUCCAGAUACCAUCGCCUUCCCGGACCCUGCGAACAUGGAGAUCCGCAGGAGAUUCCCUUAUUUGACUUUGGAUCCAGAAUUAGCGCGUGACAGAAAAUACCGCUUAUUGACUUUGGAUCCGGAAUUGAGGCGCAGUGAUACAUGA